GUAACACUCACAGGUCAAAAGAAGAAGAAGAAGAAGAGUCCCAGCUGUCAUUGUUUACCUCCGCUUGGCCUCCACGAUGGCGUUCGGGAUCUACAGCCUCCUCGAAGCGGCGGUACUCGUCCUCAAUGCCGUCUGUGUCUUAAACGAGGAGAGAUUCUUAUCUAAAUUGCCAGGGUGGGGAGGUUCACAUGUCCAGGGCUUUGGAGAGGAGCCAGGCAUCAAGACACAGAUCUUCCACUUCAUUCGGUCAAUUAAAACAGUAAUGAAAUAUCCCCUGAUUCCUUUGAAUAUCUUCAUUAUACUCUUCAAGUUAAUUUUUGGGUGAACCUUCAAUAGAUAUUGUAAUAAUGGAACAAAAAAUUUCCACUGGUUUCCUUGUGAAAAAUAUACUAAUGAAUCAUACCUUUAUAAUAAAAAUAUUAUAACAAA